AUGACUGAUGAGAUUACGGAAUCGUCAUCGUACCGGACGCUGGUGAAGUGUGCUCUAAGCCUCGGCCUGCCCGGGAAUCUAAAGAAAGACGAGUAUGUUGAAUUAUUGAGAUUACAUCGAAUGGGAUUUCACUUUGAGUGUAAAACGUUGGCGCACAUUAUGAAAACGAAAAGACAGAGUUUGAAAAAAACCGGUAACAAGAAGCUUCUAAAAAAGCGAUCCGUGGGAAGACCUCGUAAAUCAAAAAUUAAAUAUGAAGAACUGUCAUCUGAAACUUCAUUAGAGUGUAUAGAAAUGCGUACACAAGUAGCUAGAAGUAUUCCAGUUGAAAGAGCUCAAAUCCGCUCUACUGUUAGACAAUCGAAGCCUAAUUCUGAAGCUCAUGUGUCCUCUUCUAGCUCUAUGGAGAACAUUGUCUAUCGACCUCCAAUUGCAAAGACUACAAGUGCACUUUUAAGAAAUAUGUUGCUUUCAACAGAUAGAACUAGGUUUAAUAGAUCUUCAACAAAUGCUAGUCUUACUAUUUCAAACAGUAACAAUCCAUAUUGUAACUAUUAUCAGUUGGACAAAUCAAAAUCUCUAAAUCUAGAAGGUUUGCAUAGAGCUUCAUCGUUUGCUGAAAACUCAUCUCGAAUAAAGUGGAAAAACAGCAAUAAAAAGUUAAACAUACCUACAAAAGAAAUCAAAUCUACUGUACCUGGAAAUGGUUACCUAUCUAACCUUCAAGCUUUUCCUGAUAUCCCACAACUGGCUGAUGUAGACAUUAAUGCUAGUUUUGAGCUAGAUAACUCUAACUAUAGCAUAAAUGAUCACACUGAUACAGAAACAACAGUGCUAUGUAUUGAUGAUUCUGAUACUUUGAGUAAUGAGUCUGCAGAGAACAUUGAAAAAGAGCAGCAAGAGUUUGAUCAACGUUGGGCUAUGUCAGUUCGUAUGGAAAAUGGAGAAAUGUCAACACCGUUUGUUAACUGUGAAACAUUUAAUCCAUUAGACGAUGUUUCUCUGUUAGGGCCACAAGAUACAGCAUUAGUACAAAAUGAUAUUAUACAAAAUUACAUAGAAACAAAUAAUGUCCAGUUCAUGCAACUUCCAGAUUCCAGUUGUGAAGUGAUUAGAACCUUGCAGUACUAUGAAUCAAGAUUAUUAACAAGUCCUUGGUCUUUUCCAGAACAUUUACAGAAUCAUAAUGAGUCUAUUUCAAAUGAACUGACGGUGCAAGGUGAGCAACAGGAUCAAAUAAUAGGAUCAAACCACACUCUAGCAGAAUUUGCAAACAUGCUUCCUUGUCCAAUUGCUGGUUGCUUAUGGUAUUCACAUUCUGCAACUUUAUAUGUUCAUUUGUUUACAUGUCACCAAGAAAUGAUAUACUAUGGAAAUUCAAUUUCACAUGUGUUCAGAUGUCAAGAUAUACAAAAUUUCUGCUUUUUUACUCAUUUACAAUUCAUACAAAAUACCAUUUAUAUAAUCACCGUUGCAUUUGAUAGCUAUAGUCGCACAUUUGUAGCCACCAUUCAGCAUGUUUCAUCAUAUGGUGACAAUACAAGUGCUUCACAAACUACAGCUAUACUGACCACUAGUAAUUUUUGUAACGAUAUUGAUCAACAUUCAUGGAGUGGCCCAGUACAGCCUUACAGUGUUCCAUUGGAUGUACUACAUGCUGAUGGUAGAUGUUUAUUCAUUGACCCUACCAACUCUGAACAGAUGAUUAUCAAUGUUAACUUGACAGUGCCAUUGAUUUAUUCAAAUGAUUCAAUGUUUGCCUGUUUAUGA